AUGCACUCCUCAACCCUUUUUCUCGGUCUCACCAUGCUCACCGGCGCCAUCGCCGCCGACCAAGUCGUGACCAUGUACAUUCCCGACAACGCCGAUGGCCCAGCCCUUGCCGGCGCAGUCAUCGGAACGCAAUCCGACACAACAACAUAUUCAAUCACUUGCGCCGAUUCCGUCACAGAGUCCUGCAUCGUCCCAAGCGGCGCAUCAAUCAUUCAGGCGCCUGGCACAGUCACCAUAAUUGCCGCUGAGGCGGAAUACACCGGCACCGCAGCCUGCACAUACGGCGAUGACGACGAAACCGCGACUUGCUCUGUUGGCAUCGACGGCGAGGUCCUGCUGACGAGCACUGACCCUAUCAUUUCAUAUGAGGUUACCAUCACUGCGACAGAGACCGGCUCGGCGACGACCUCAAAGCCGCUCUUUGGAUCGGGAUCAGCCUCCGCCACCCCGACGACUUUGGCCAGUAGUACCACCCAGACCAGGAGCGUCGAUGCCCAGUCCACCACGACCACGAACACGACGACUGGUGCGGAUGCACAGGAGACGGAUGAGCCUGGUAACGGAGCGAUGGGUGUGGCUGGAAAGCCCUUGGGUGCUGCUGCUAUGGCCAUUGCCCUGGGGGUUGCCGUUGCUAUGCUGUGA